CAAACUUCUGAAUUUUCCAAAGAGAUGAGCGCUCUUUCAUAUUAAAAUGAAUCGGUCAAUGCUAAGAAGUUUUGGAACCACGGGGAGAAGUUCCGGACCAGCAAACGCAGUGGAGACAGUGCUGACCCAGGAGCCCCAAGGCGCACCCCGCCAAGCGUCACGCCCCGGAACCCAGCGAGCGCCUCGCUAGGAGCGCCACGGACCUGCGGCGGGAAGGGACAACCGCAGCUCUCGCGAGAGGCCAGGCCCGGAAGCCUUGGACGGCUGCCGGUGCGGCAAGAGGGCCAGCGGUGGUCGUGAGGCUGCCUCCCGGCGCCAUGCCGUCUCCGUUCUCCGUCAGCUCUUUCCCCACCAGCAUCCCUGCCGUGAUCUCGCAGACAGAUUGGACAGAGCCGUGGCUGGUGGGGCUGGUUGUCUUCCACCUGCUCUGCCUGCUGUUCACCUGCUUCUCCCGCCACAGCUACAAGCUGCAGGUUGGCCUCUUCCUGUGCCUGGUGACCUUGGUCUACUGUGCCGAGUAUGUCAACGAAGUGGCCGCGGCCAACUGGAGGCUGUUCUCGGCGUACCAGUACUUCGACUCCAGGGGCAUGUUCGUCUCGCUCGUGUUCUCGGCCCCGCUGCUGCUCAACGCCUUGGCCAUCGUGAUCAUGUGGGUGCACAGGACUCUGACCGUGAUGGCGGACCUGAAGAGCUUGCAGGAGAAGAGGAGAGCGAGGAAGAAAGCCGAGUGACACUCGCGCCCGCUCCCUGCCCCGCCAUCGCUGCUCUGCCUCAGAGAGCGUGGUGCAGGCACCCGGCCACCAGGCUCAGGCCACCGUGAGGGCGCAUUAAAGCUGGCUUUCAGACAGC